AUGCCAGAUACCAUAGCCACGCAGGUUGAUAUAGGAGGAGUCUCCCUUGCCAGUCUUGGGGCGUUCUCCACGAUUUUAACAGCACUGUCAGCUGAUGACGUUCAACCCAUUGCAAUGCUUCAGCUCCAGAAUCUCGGCGCCGCAUUUCCCAUAACCGGACCAAUGACAGUCAAGGCCCCAGAAUAUCUCCAGCGUUUUCAAAGCACACGACUCGAACGUCUUGGGGUAAUUGUGGGCUGGCGCAAAGGCGACGCCGCGUCGCUUAUGGCUCAGUCAACAGGUGGCCAAGCAAUUGCCUUACUAGCAGUUUAUCUUUGCAACAUUUACAGGAAUUCAGCUGGAAAUGUUCUACAUUCAAUUUCAAAGGGCUUGUUACCAGGGACCGCAUGUUCAAGCAGCCCGGUGCUGCUAGGACGAGCCACGCAGGUACUGGCAGAUAAGCUUGCAGUAUUUGGAUUCGGUACCAUCAUCGCAAACCAAGUUUGUCGCAUCCAUGAAGCGUACAGGCAGCUACAGCGGGAGGCACCAAUGAACAUUUUAGAAGAGAUCAGUGAAGAUUGGAUGGCAGAGAUACUCGUGAGCAUCUCUUAUGCUCUACGAGAAGAUGAAAACAUACUUCGAAUCCGUGGAUGUUGCGGUAUAGGCUAUAUCCUGACCCUUGCGGUUGCCUUAUUUACAGACGAUUGUAUUGUGAUGAUCGAAGGCCUCGUUAUUCACCAAGGUAGCCGCUCGUCUUCGAUUAUCGUGGAUAUCGUAGCGGAGCUUCAAGACCAACCACUUCAAGUUCAUAAUAUGCACAAAGCGAACUCUCUAGUCGAAAUCCUUUACUCCUCCCGGGCCUCGGAUGCUGAUGACAAGUGGCAAAUUCCUGUUGACACUCUUCCCAUAAGUGCAGACUUUUCAUGGAAUGGACUUAUUGCGGCGCUGCUUCAUACCAACUUUCAGCGGUGGGAUUUGGCUUGCUCAUCGGAAGUUAUCAAAGCAAUAGGAGUAUGUGCUCUCUCUGCCGCGGAAAUCACCGAUAUUCAUGUCGAUGACUCUUUAUGCUUUCCUGCUUCAUACCUUUUGGGUGAUCAAUACCGUACAGUCAUGCAUCAGCGGUGUGAGGCUGUUACAGGGAUUCCACUACCAAUGACUUGGCCCUCAUACCCCGACGCAUUCAGACGGCUUGACCAAAGCAUAAGGGCGCUCCUUCCUACAAGACCCGAAGAUUCCUUUCGUUCCACUUCAUGGGGAGAUGACUGGGAAAGAGAAUGCAAGAAUGUGGAGGGGUUUACUUGCCAGAUUCUUGAUACCAUAUGGUUAGCAUUUACUACCCUUUUUGUGAACGCCUGCGAUCAAGCUACUUGGAGAUAUGUUGAUUUUGGUGGGGAUAAAGUCAGCUCUCGCCCUGAAUAUCCUAAUUUCUGGGGAGAUCCAAAAUUACCUCAUUUUGAGAUUGACCCUCAUUCGGCUUGGGAACAGAUAUGUCCUCAAUGGGGAAGAGAAAUAGUCGCAGCAUCGGAUAGGAAAUUUACCAUGGUUCCCUCACCGCUCAUCAAACUGGGCUAUGAGAAUUUGUGCCAUUCACGAGGCAUUGAGCUCCUAGAUGGACCGAUUUUAUUCAACAACCAUUACUAUGAAAAGCUCAUUGCGGAUUCACCGCCGAAGCUUUGGACUCGAUAUCAUCCCUCGAAGCCAUCAAAAUCCACUGACCUGAUAGUUCCUAACGCGGAAGGUGUCCAUUCUGAUCUUUCACUGGCACUCUCAGAGAAAUCAGAGGGACUGACACUUCAAGCCACGGUUAUUCUUCCUGGUCAACGCUUCGGUGUUUGUUUCACGACGUGUUUGGACGCGCUACUUAGGCUUCUCCGUGCUAACCCCUGUCAACAUCCUCGAAAUACCCCGUUGAAGGAGAACUACGCAAAUUCAGUCUUGAUAACCUCUGUUCGCGCGCCCGAUCUUACAAAUGUCGUCGAAUCCACAGUCUCCAUUGUUCAGACUGCAGGGAACCCUGUGGCGCAGUUUCUAUCUCUUUCUCCGCAGCCGGCUAUUUUUUGUUACCGCUGCUGUCUGAAUUGUGCGUAUGAACAAGCAAUUUCUCUAAAAGUUAGGAAGAUCAUUAUCGCCUGA